AUGCGACUUCAAACCGCGUUGAGGAUCAAGGACAGCCUUCCACCCGCCCUUGCCAAUCGCAUGGAAGAUCAAUUAGUGACCGCGAAGCAGCAAAAGCUCGUGUUUACAAGCCGCUUCGGCAGUAAGUCCGCCAGGAUGACGUAUUGGCAGUUUGGCUACUUGUUUCUUUUCGGCUGUUAUUUUAUAUGCAGAUUGGACGAGAUGUGCUACGAGGACAAAUGCUGGCACCAGGCUUGCUACGUAUACGGAGAUAAUCCAGCUCGCUUCGAACGCUGCAAGCGCCAUCUUUAUUUCAUCGCUCUUUGUUGGAAUCAAGGAUUUUGGGAUCACAUGAUCUACCGAAGUGCCUGGAUAGACACGAAAAGCAACCACCUUCUUUUCACUAGGUCAAGAAUCAACGAAUCACUAAUGGUGACGGUAAAAGAGUUUCGCAUCGCGAUGCCGAUGAAGGUCGAGGAGUACCAACGCGCACAGCUCUAUAUGAUCAUGAAAAAGUCAAAAGAAGAAAGCGAGGGGGAAGAUAGCGGAGUCCAAAUCAUCAAAAACGAGCCUUAUACUGACGGCCCUGGCGGCUGCGGACAGUAUACUGAGAAGAUUUACUACGUGCAGAAGCACUUACCCAGCAUGGUCAAAGCUGUCUUACCAAAAGAUUCGCUGACAGUCAAGGAAUGUUCGUGGAACGCCUAUCCUUACACAAAGACGGUCUUUACAACCCCCGCGCUUGAUAAAUUCAAUAUCGAUAUUGAAACGAAGUUUUUGCCCGACCCAGGAAUAUCCGAUAAUGUAUUCAAUCUAUCGCCGCACGAGAGGGAAAAUGUUCAGAUUGAUGUAUUGGACAUGUGCAGGGAGAAAACUGGAGGUAGAAAAGAAGAAGACCCAACAGAAUACGUCUCGCAAACAACUCGCAGAGGCCCUUUGCCGGAAAACUGGCUAGAGGAGACUCAGCAAAAGGAUGCGAAUAGCUGGGGAGAUGUCAUGUGCUCGUAUAAACUAGUCAAAGUGGAGUUUAAGUACUGGGGGAUUCAGCGAAAAAUGGAAAAUUGGAUCUUAGACCUUGCUCUUAGAAAGACAAUUUUAAAGGGUCACCAGCAAGCCUGGACCUGGCAAGACGAGUGGUUCAAUUUGACCAUGGAAGAUAUCCGGUUACUGGAAAAGGAAACUCAACAAAAGCUCGCACUCAAGUUCCAAAAUUCAUCAACGACGAUGGAAAACACUUGCAAUUCCGAUGAGUUGCAAUCGGCUAUUCCAAACUUUGAGCAAGUCGAGUCGGAGAGCUCAGACGAUGAGUUCUUUGAUGCAAUGUCCCGAAUGUCGGAGGCAACAAUGACGAAUCGGCGUGGAUCUGAUGUGACUUUCCACUCGAUUUACGCUAGUGAUGAGUUCUCCGUCAGUCCAGACAGUGGAGCUAAUCAACAGGAGCCACCCGAAAUUGCCAAUCUCAUAAUUGGGAGGGCUUUUUAUCGAACAUAUUUGCAUAAAUAA